AUGGACGUCGAUGACCCGUCGCCGCGCGUCGGCGGAGGCAGCGGCGCGGACCCGCCCCGCAUCCGGCGGCUGGAGGAAUCGGUGGUGAACCGCAUCGCGGCGGGGGAGGUGAUCCAGCGCCCGUCGUCGGCGGUCAAGGAGCUCGUCGAGAACAGCCUCGACGCCGGCGCGUCCACGGUCUCCGUCACCGUAAAGGACGGAGGGCUCAAGCUCAUACAGGUUUCCGACGACGGCCACGGCAUCCGGUUUGAGGAUUUGCCAAUAUUGUGCGAAAGGCAUACUACCUCAAAGUUAUCUGCAUAUGAGGAUUUACAGACCAUAAAAUCUAUGGGCUUUAGAGGGGAGGCCCUGGCCAGUAUGACUUAUGUCGGCCAUGUUACUGUGACAACAAUAACAGAGGGCCAACUUCACGGCUAUCGUGUUUGUUAUAAAGAUGGAGUAAUGGAGAAUGAGCCAAAACCCUGUGCUGCAGUUAAAGGAACUCAAGUCAUGGUUGAAAAUUUAUUUUACAAUAUGGUAGCUCGUAGAAAAACAUUGCAGAACUCCAAUGACGACUACCCCAAGAUUGUAGAUUUCAUUAGUCGUUUUGCAGUCCAUCACAUCAAUGUGAACUUUUCCUGCAGAAAGCAUGGAGCCAAUAGAGCAGAUGUUCAUAGUUCGAGCACAUCUUCUAGACUGGAUGCUAUAAGGAAUGUCUAUGGGGCUUCUGUUGUUCGUGAUCUGAUUGAAAUAGAAGUUUCAGAUGAGGAUGCUGGAGAUGCAGUCUUCAAGAUGGAUGGUUAUAUAUCAAAUGCAAAUUAUGUGGCAAAGAAGAUCAUGAUGAUCCUUUUCAUAAAUGAUAGGCUUGUAGACUGUACCGCUUUAAAAAGGGCAAUUGAAUUUGUGUACUCUGCAACAUUGCCUCAAGCAUCCAAACCCUUCAUAUACAUGUCCAUCAAUCUUCCGUCAGAACAUGUGGAUGUCAAUAUACACCCAACCAAAAAAGAGGUUAGCCUCUUGAAUCAAGAGCGUAUUAUUGAAACUAUAAAAAAUACCAUUGAGGAAAAGCUGAGGAAUUCUAAUACCACAAGGAUAUUCCAAACUCAGUUGCAGGCAGUUAACUCCUCAGCACUUACUCAAGUUUACACACAGAAGGACAAGGGUACUGAGGUCAAAAUGGCCUCUGGAAUGAAAUCUCAAAAGACUCCUGUGAGCCAAAUGGUCAGAACUGAUCCACGCAAUCCAUCUGGAAGAAAUGUUGUAAGAUCAAGGAGGAAUCCAAAGGAUGCUUGUGAUCUAUCUAGCCGUCAUGAGCUUCUUAUGGAAAUAGAUUCUCACUGCCAUCCUGGUCUUUUAGAGGUCAUUAAGAAUUGCACAUAUGUUGGCUUGGCUGAUGAAGUUUUUGCUUUGAUACAGCACAAUACUCACUUAUACCUUGUCAAUGUUGUAAAUGUUAGUAAAGAACUCAUGUACCAGCAAGCUCUGUGCCGUUUUGGAAACUUCAAUGCUAUACAGCUUAGUGAACCAGCUCCUCUUCAGGAGCUGCUGCUGAUAGCACUGAAAGAUGAUGAAUUAAUCGGUGAUGAAAAUGAUGAGAAACUGGAGAUUGCAGAGGUAAACUCGAAGAUACUGAAAGAAAACGCUGAGAUGAUUAAUGAGUACUUCUCUAUUCACGUUGAUCAAGAUGGGAACUUGACCAGGCUUCCAGUUGUACUUGAUCAGUACACCCCUGAUAUGGAUCAUCUCCCAGAAUUUGUGUUGACUAUGGGGAAUGAUGUUACCUGGGAUGAUGAGAAAGAGUGCUUCAGAACGGCAGCAGCUGCUAUUGGGAACUUCUACGCACUCCAUCCUCCCAUUCUUCCAAAUCCAUCAGGGAGUGGCGUUCAGUUGUACAAGAAAAAUAAAGAUUGCAUGGCGAGUGGCGAACAUGUUGAUAGUACAGAUGAAGAUGACAUUGAUCACGAACUACUUGCGGAAGCAGAGACAGCAUGGUCCCAGCGCGAGUGGACCAUUCAGCAUGUCUUAUUUCCAUCCAUUCGACUUUUCCUCAAGCCCCCAAAGUCAAUGGCAACAGAUGGAACCUUUGUUCAGAUUGCUUCUCUGGAGAAACUUUACAAGAUUUUUGAGAGAUGUUAG